AUGAACGCCCAGUCAUACCAAUUACCCUCAGAACUUGCUGCCCAAGUGGCAUCCCUUCCUCCACCACCGCAUCUCCUCCUCUUUGGAGACUCCAUCACCCAGGGCGCCUUCUCACUCCACAGCGAGCUAGCGAGGCGGUAUGUUCGACGGAUCGAUGUACUCAACCGGGGUUUCGGUGGGUACAAUACAAACUCAGCUUUGACACUGCUGCCGUCAUUCUUCCCACCUGCGGCACCUUCGAGAACUGUUCCUCGCGUCGCUGCUAUGACGGUUCAUUUUGGCGCAAAUGACUCUUGUAGCCCUGGUGAGCCUCAGCAUUGCGACCUCGACACCUUCAAAACAAACGUCAGGCGUAUUCUGAACUGGGAGGGUGUGAAGCUUCACAAGACCAAAGUACUGCUUGUGACACCGUCUCCAGUGGAAGAGUAUCGACUGCCACACGAUGGUCAGGGCAGGGCAGACCGAGUGGCGAUGUAUGCAGACGCGAUUCGGGAUAUUGGAAAGCAGGAAAACGUACCGGUCGUUGACCUUUGGACUGCAAUGAUGCGCACUGCUAAUUGGCAAGAUACUGCGGUUGAGGGAAUCUUGCCUGGGUCUUCAAGGACAGUCCCCAGUAUGGAGCUUGGGCGACUUUUCUACGAUGGUCUUCACCUGAACGAGGAAGGGUAUCGGAUCUAUAUGGAAGAGCUUUUGCGUGUUCUUGAAGCGGAAGUUCCCGAAUGUCGGAUACAAGGCACCGACGAGUGGUACCCCGAGUGGAUUAGGUUUCACCCCCCGUCAUCACUAAGUGUAGAUGAAGACGAAGCCUGA